AAUGUGCACGAUGUAGGGUGUUGAAAGAAAAUUCCUUAAUGCCCCCUUGAGCUUUAUGAAGAAAUUUCAUCUGAAGACUCCCUCCAAAUAAAGUUCCCUGGCUUCCAUAAAAAGCAGUUUACAAAUUGCACAUAGGCAUCAAAUCUGAGUCCUGGACCUAAAGGGUCCCAAAGAUGUAUGGGAACAUUGGGAUGACUCCAAAUGUCAAAAUAAAGAAUUUGGAUUGAUUCCGUAUGGAGAAGCUUUCUAUGUACCAUUUCCCUCCUGCUCAUUCUAGCUUUUACAAAUCCAGAUAUUGGGCCUGGUUGGGCCUGAUUGACUAUGAAGCCCUUGGGAAGAAACUGAAGCCUGUGCUGCAGCAGAAUUCAAUUCAAAGUGGCUAUACACCACUUUUACUUGCCAUAGAGCAAAACAGACAGCAGGUGGUUGAAACAUUAAUUCAGAACAAAGCAAAUAUACAUGCAGUUGACCAGAAGGGAAGAACAGCCCUCAUGUUUGCUUUGGAACAAAAAUCAAAACACAUAGUUGAGAUGCUUCUUCAGAAUGGUAUUGAUGUCUGUGCUGCAGAUAACUUUGGGCAGAUGGCAUUAGCUUAUGCUAUUGCUAGUGGUGAUAGUAGGUAAGUAUUUACAUUAAAAUACUAAUCAAUAUU